AUGAUAGACGGGAUCAGUGAUUUACCUGAUGAGAUUGUUUGCCGUAUUCUAUCUUUUCUUCCGAUAGAAGAAGCUGCUUUAACUUCUGUUUUCUCAAAGAGAUGGAGGAAUCUCUUUGCCUUCAGCCCGGAUCUUCAUGUUCGUUACGUUGAUAUUCACUCUUGGAAUCCCAAAGGUAAUAAGAGUUUCACAGAUUUCAUGGACAGAGUUUUGUCUGUGUCAGGCAAUUCCACCAUGAGGAAAUUCUCUAUGAAAAUCAGACAGAGUGUUGAAUCAUCUCAUCUCAGCCGUUGGAUGACUAAAGUGCUGAGCCGUGGUAUCUUGGUAAUUGAUCUGGACAUACUCACUAAAGAUGAGAUUACAGUACUGCCUUUAGAGAUCUUCACUAGCAAGACAAUUGUUGAGUUAAAACUAGGAAGCGGCUUUAGUAUUGCUACGGUGCCUGAGAAUGCUUAUCUUCCGGCGCUUAAGACUCUGUUUCUUUCUUGUAUUCGGUUCUCUGGUUGCGCGUUUGAAGCUCUUCUUUCUGCUUGCCCUGUGCUGGAGGAACUAACCGUACUUUGUUACCCUAGGGAUCCGAAACAGACUCCAACCGUUUCAUGUCCUAGCCUUGAGAGACUUACUCUCUCCUGUACAGAUUGUAUCGAUGAGUAUCCAAUUGUUAAUCUCGACUCUCUUGUUGAAGCUAAGCUUACUCUUUAUUCGAGUGACUCUCCUGGUGGCAAUCUAGUGAAUCUGGUUAAGGGGUUAAGUAAUGUUGAGACUCUCCACUUGUCGUCUCCUGAAACCUCAAUGGGUCCCUUGCACUCUUAUGGUGAAUACGAAUCUGAGAACUGUGAGUGCUUGCGGGACUAUUCUUUCCUAUCGACAUGUCCUGUGAAAGUCUUGGAGAUAACCGAGUACUUCGGAACAAGAACAGAGUUGGAGCAAAUGAAACAUUUCCUCGAGAAAUUAUCAUGUCUUGAGCUGGUCAAUGUUCAUGCUGGUCCACACUCAAAGUUGAUAUUCACCACAAAUCUGCUGCUCGUACUUCCCAAACCUUGCAAGUUCCAGCUCAACUGUUUUCCUGCAAAACUAGAGUAA